AUGGCCAAGGAUCCCUUUUUUACGAUCGAAGACACCAAGAUGGGCUUCUCGCUCUUCUGCGUCGUCUGUGGUAUCGGCACCCUCUCGAUGCCGGGCAACUACGCCCGUGCUGGCUACGCCUGGGCAACCAUCGCGCUCGUCUUCAUGGCGUCCAUCAACAUUUACGCUUCGGUUUGCAUCUCCAAGGUCAUGCUCGUCGCGCCCAAGGAUUGCAAGACGCUCGGCGACAUUGGUGGCUGGGUCUUUGGCACCCCAGGUCGCAUCGCGAUCAACAUUUCGCACAUGCUCGUGUGCACGAUGGCCCCCAUCAUGUUCCUCGUGCUGGGUGGCACAAUCCUCACGGUCUUGUUUCCGGACUCGUACGAAGAUACGACGUGGAUCAUUCUCAUGGGUCUCUCGCUCCUCCCCGUCUGCCUCGUCCCGACGCUCAAGGAAAGCGCGGGCACGGCCACCGCCGGUGCGCUUGGUGUGCUUUUCGCCGAUGCGAUCGCCAUCUACAUCUUGGUCAGCAACAUUGAGAUUCCGGACGAAGUCUCGCCGCCGUCGCCCGAGCUCUCGCUCAGUGGUGUCGCGACCGUCUUUGGCAGCUUGGCCCUUGCGUAUGCGGCUGGCAUCAUCAUCCCGUCGCUCCAGCGCGAGCACUCGCAGCCCGAGCGCAUGCCGCGCGUGAUCACGGUCACCUUGGUGCUUGUCUCGUUUUGCUUCCUCGUCGUCUCGGUCCUCGGUGUCUUCAAGGUCGGCUGCCAGAUUCCCGGCAACCUCCUCUUUGCCAUCACGGGCUCCAAGCUCGGCUUUACUGCGUCGCGUGGCGGUGUCAUCCUUGCCUUCCUCUUCAUGCACCUCCACAUUGUGAUUGCCUUUGCACUCGUGCUCUUCCCGGCCAUGUUCAUGGCCGAGCGCAUUGUCUUGGGCCUGCACAAGAACAGCCCGGUGGCCAAGGAAGCCGCCGAUGUCAUUGACCUCGAGACGCCCAAGGACACGACGACCGAGCUCAUUGCGCACCACGACGACCCCGCGGACGCGUACAAGGCGCCGGGUGCCUACGCCAAGGCCGCGGUUCUCCGCACCAUCAUGGUUGCGCUCUGCGUUGUGGUUGCGAUCGCUUUCAAGGACAAGUUUGGCGACCUCUUGGACUUUAUCGGUGCGUCGGCAACAGCGACGUGCUGCAUGAUUUUGCCGAUCGCGUUUUACCUCAAGACGUUUUGGCCGACGCUCUCCAAGGCCGAAAAGUGCUUUGCGAUCUUCUCGAUGCUCGUGACGACGGUGCUCGCCGUGUAUGUGUCGAUCAAGACGGGUAUUGCGCUCUUCUCGCCGACCGAGUCGGCCAUCACGUUCCCGUUCUGCCCUGAAAAGUACCAGCACUACGUCUACACGAACCGGACCCACUACAAGUUUUGA